UUCAGGGCAAACAAUGGCCUCAACGCGAAUAAUCUUAUUAUUUGUAGCGAUCAGCGUCACUUCGGGAUUACCAGCCAAAAGUCAUCGUGGAUCCCACGGUCGCGCUAUACCGCCCGAGCCUCGGUUCGAUGGAGUCUUCGAUCGCGAUCACAAUCAUGAGGAAAUUGCUAGUAACAUAAAAUCUUGGAGUCCAAAUAAUCUGGAAAAUGUUUGGGAAUUGAGCGGUUUACACGAAGGUGAUAUAAUGAUUCAUCCGGAUAGUCCAACGUGGAAAAAUGGUCUUUUAGACGCUACAGCACGAUGGCCCGGCGGUGUCGUGCCCUAUUUUAUACAAGAAGAUGACUUUGAUCGAGAUCAAAUCGAAUUGAUAAAAGAAGCCAUGCAGGAGUACCAUGAGAGAACCUGCUUGCGUUUUCGGCCUUACAAGGAUAGCGACGACGAUUAUGUGACGAUACAAGCGAAAAAGUCAGGAUGCUGGUCCUUGGUGGGUCGCCACGGUCACGGACAGGUAUUGAAUCUACAGAAUCCAGGAUGCAUUCAUCACGGUGUUGUCGUGCACGAGCUUAUGCACGCCUUAGGCUUUUACCAUCAGCAGAGCGCCGCGGACCGAGACGAGUGGGUCACGAUACAUUGGGAGAAUAUCAAGUCGGGUAAGGAGCAUAACUUCAACAAGUAUGACAAUCGCACUGUCACCGAUUAUGGUAUCGGCUAUGAUUACAAGAGUGUCAUGCACUACAGCUCCCACGCGUUCUCCAGGAAUGGAGAACCUACUAUUACGCCGAAGGUAAUAAUCGUGCGCGCACUCGCAAUAUUCCUAUUGAUUUCGGUUUGCUCUCAAUGUACGUUUAUGCUAUUUCGCAGAAAGAGAAGGUGCAACUUGGUCAGCGAGACGGACUCAGCGAAAAGGACGUGGCCAAGGUACGAGCAAUGUACAAAGAGCAAUGUGGCGAUCGUAAACCAGAAGGAAACGGCAGCAAUUCCUCUGAGUCUUUCGAAGAGAUUUCUCUAGAAUGGAUAUUCGAUUAAAUUCA